GAAGCAGCGGUUAAGGAGAGAGAAAAAACCAGAGAAUCAAAAUGCACAAAACUGGAUCAUCUUCAUCACUAGGCCCUGGAGGUCUCGAUCUAACGCAAGCUUUCUUCAAAUCCAUAGCUCAAACCGCACCUCCAUCUCCAACCAAACACCACACCAAAGUCUCCGUCAUCGGCACCGGAAACGUCGGAAUGGCCAUCGCUCAGACGAUCUUAACUCAAGAUCUGGUUGAUAUACUCGCCUUAGUCGAUGCAAAAGCAGAUAAACUCCGUGGAGAGAUGCUCGAUCUACAACACGCUGCUGCUUUCCUACCGCGCGUGAAGAUACUUGCUGAUGUUGAUUACUCUGUAACCGCUGGAUCGGAUCUAUGCAUUGUUACUGCAGGUGCGAGGCAGAAUCCUGGAGAGACGAGGUUGAAUCUUAUGCAGAGGAAUUUGAGUUUGUUUAAGAGUAUUAUACCGCCGUUGGCGAAGUAUUCUCCUGAUGCAAUAUUGUUGGUGGUUUCUAAUCCGGUUGAUGUACUGACUUAUGUUGCUUGGAAAUUGUCUGGAUUUCCGGCUAAUCGUGUAAUUGGAUCUGGUACGAAUUUGGAUUCGUCUAGAUUUAGGUUUCUUAUUGCUGAUCAUCUGGAUGUUAAUGCUCAGGAUGUUCAGGCCUACAUUGUGGGGGAGCAUGGCGAUAGUUCGGUUGCAUUAUGGUCAAGCAUAAGUAUAGGAGGCGUCCCCAUUCUAAGUUUCCUCGAACGACAACAGAUCGCAUAUGAGAAAGAAACCCUAGAAAAGAUUCAUCAUGAUGUGAUCCAAAGUGCAUAUGAAGUCAUCAAUCUAAAAGGGUACACAUCAUGGGCCAUAGGUUAUUCCGUGGCAAACCUUGCCCGAACCAUCCUCCGAGACCAGAGACGCAUUCACCCUGUCUCGGUCCUGGCCUCGGGAUUCUAUGGUGUCAAUUCCGGAGAUGUGUUUUUGAGCCUCCCGGCUCAGAUUGGAAGGAGUGGAGUUUUGGGAGUGACGAAUGUUCAUCUUACGGAGGAGGAAGGGAAGAAGUUUAGGGAAUCUGCAAAGACUGUUUUAGAGGUGCAAAAAGAGUUGGAUCUUUGAAAAAAUAUAAGUUAAGUGGUUUAUAUGUAUGGUAUGUUUAACUGGGGGGAAACUUGAUAUGUUUAAGAUAUAUUAGGGAUCUAUUUGGACUUAAUCAUGGUUUUUGUAUA